CCCCUCGAUCUGACGCAAGUCUUAUAGUGAGACUCGCAACGCUGAGCCACUGAAGAGUCAAACUCGGGCUCUGGGGUCGCUCAACCCCUCCUUCAGCACCUUAAAGUGAUUUUAGUCGGCGUUUAUCGUAAGGACUGUUUUUAAAAGGACCACAAGAGUCCCAGAAUAAAGUCUACGAUGGCUUCGACACCCUCAGCUUCAGCCCUGUCAGCUGUUCUCCGGUGUCAGGGGAAUAUCCUCGCCCGAAAACAGGCGACCAAGAACCGGCCGCCAGCGUCAGUUUACGCCGGGCUCGGGAUGACAUGUGGAGACUCGGUCAAAUCUUAUUUUCGCUCUCUUUGGGGAUUCAUUUUUCACAGGGAGCGGGUGGAGAUUCCCGGAGUUCUGUCCGUAACGGUGCGAUUCGAAACCGGCUGCUCAGGAAAAUGUGGUGAAUCCAAAGAUCAUCUGGUGAAAAACUCUCCAAAGACUGACAACAAAUUGUUAACUAGGAAAAUAUUAAGUGAACCACAUCAAUGGCCAAAUUCGAAGCUGACGUCAAACUAUUAUUUUGCUUUUAAAUCUCAACAUUCUACAGUCAACAUUCUAUCCAAGAACAACCUGGUUCUUCGACUGGAUGGAACGUAUUUACGAAAACUAAACUCAGAUUAUCCAUGGACUUGUAUUUGUGUAGUUUGCUCUCACAGCAAGAGCACGCUAAACUACAAUAAUGUAAAUCCGUUUUCUCUUGCCUUAUUGUGGAUUUUAAAAAAUAAACUGAUAUAUUUCACAACCGCAGUGGCGGACAGUGUGCGGACGCAAGUUGGAAUAGGCUGGAACCAGCUUCAUCCGGAUUGUGGAUGUAUCAAAUGUACUUCUGAACAUCAUGAGGAUCAACCGAAGGCACUGGAAGGAGCUGAACCUGGAGAAUGAGUCUUCUGCUGAAGACAAUGUGGAUGAUAUGCACUUUUUCAUAGAUAGAUAGACAGAUGUGAAUGUAUAGAAUGUCAGUAAUUGUAUUAAUGUUCUUUCAUGUGGUGUCAGCUUUAUGGAAUGUAUUGAAUUGUUUUAUACACUUCAUACUUGAUUUUGCACUGUUAUCGCCACCUGAAUUGUCCCUUUGUGGAGAAAAAACUAUUAUUACUAUUACACUUUAAAAAAUGCUGGGUUGAAAACAACCCAGCGGUUGACCCAGCCUUCUGGGUAGUUUCAUUUAACUGAACUAUUGUUUAAAAAUGACAAUAUUUCUUGCUUUAAAUGAACCCAAAAAUAGGUUGGAAAUUAACAUUUGUUAAUAUGUUCAUAUAUAUGAACAUUGAAUAAGUAGAAUAAAUAAUAAUUAAAUAAAAAAACCUUGAAUUGCUUAUUAAUAAAUGUUUACCUUUUGAUUAUUGCUGAUGCCUCUAGUAAUUAUGUGUCUGGUUUUUAAUUUACAAUCUAUUUUGGGUUCAUUUUAAGUCAGCCAUAUAAAAAAUGAAACAAUAGUUGAGUUAAAUAAACUACCCAGAAGUUUAAAGGUUUAAAAAUUUAACCCAGCCGCUGGGUUUUUCCAUAUUUCACCCAGUGCUGGGUUGUUUUUAACCCAGCAUUUUUAGAGCGAUACUAAAUUACCAAACUUCUGACCAUAAUCAGCUUUUAUAAUAUAUUUAUUUAAAUAUUCAAAAGUACAAACAAAAAUAUUGUAAACAGGAAACUGCAAUGCUUGUUUGACUUUGAGUACAAAACCAAAAGUGUGUAUUUUUUGUGUCAGGAUUUUUACAAUCCUACAAAAAAUAUUGAAUCUUGAGAUUUGACUUUGACUCUGUCUCCAUCUAUUGAUCUAUCUAUCUAUCUGUAUUGUAUUUCUAUGUGUGUGUCAGAAAUUAAUCCUAUAAUCCUGCACAAAUCUUUAAUCCUAAAAUAUGAAACCAGAUUAAGAGGGGGUUUUAUUAAUUAGCAUGACUUUUCUAGGCUUAGAAAACUCUAACUGUGGGAUAACUUUAUGAUUCAGAGAAGUUCAUAACUUUAAAUUCAUGUCUGGGACAUGGCUUUUCUAACUGAGGAGGACACCUGUUUUCCACCUCUGUAACAGGAUCCUCACCAGAGCCCUGCUAAUAAAUUUCGCGGGAUCAGCAUAAACACUGUGAGGCCUUACAGCCCCCCUAUAUCCAGAGGUCGAACUCCUACAUCUAACCUUUCACCUGCCAUAAACACAAAUUAAAUGCGUUUUAUGUACGCGUAUCUACGUAUCAUUGCAUUAAGGUAAACACAGCUCCUUAUAAGUGACGGGAGGGGGCGGGACUUCCUAAAAAUGACGCCACCCGGAAGUCUAGUACUAGUCUCGCAUUCUUGAGCGAAGCUUGAAGGGUAUAUGCGUAAGCAGGAAGUUUACUCUGUUUAAAAUUAAGGUUUAUUCAACGUCUGUUUCACAUUAGAUUCAAAUAAAUGACUUGGGUUAGUUGAAAUGGGACGUAAUCUUCAAAACGACGGAAGUAUGAAGAUACUAACAGACUGAAGAAGACAGGAAACAUGUCAGAGUAUGAGUGCGCGACUCAUGCCCUGCUGAAAUUCAACAUGCCAUUUUGGACAGCAAUGUCUAUAUCAGAAUCCUGAAGUCUGGAAUAUGUCUUUUAUGUUGCAUAUUGCUUCUACUAUGAAUGCAGACUGAAAAAUAUUAUGCAAAGCAUGUGAAAAUAUUCAAAUAUCCACAAGACUCUUCUCACUCAUCCUUCCAUCAAACCUUCCUGCUCUACCUGCUCACUUCAUGUCCAUUUCUUCCUUCCUGAAUCCUCUGUCCUAUCACACAUCAGGCCAUGCUACGCAAAAGAAAUCCUCUUAUCAUUUGUGGUGCUUUCAUAUUUGUAGCAUGGAACGUUAUUCUUGUUUUUGUCCUCAUGAGACGCCCUUCCACUCAAGGGGCUCUUGACACCCCGGACAAACCUGGCAACACUGGGGACGGAGCCGGAGGAGGCCAGCUUGGAAAUCUUAUGAACGAGGUGAUGCGUGUAGCUAAUGCAUUUGAAGCUGAACUUGCAUCACAGAAGAAGAUCCUAUUGCAAAUUCAGAAUCAUUGGGCGGUUUGGGAUAACAAAGGCGGUGUGACAGCUGCUAAGCCAAAAUCACAAGCUGAACAUUCAGCUCCAGCAGUCAUCCCUAUUUUAGUCAUUGCGUGUAAUCGUGUGACGGUGAAACGCUGCCUUGAUAAACUUAUCGAGCACCGACCGUCAGCUGAACUCUAUCCGAUCAUAGUGAGCCAGGAUUGUGGGCACGCAGAAACAUCUGACGUGAUCGCCUCGUAUGGCAGUCAGCUGACCCAUAUCAAACAGCCUGAUCUUUCUGAUAUCUCAGUACCUUCACAGCAUAAGAAGUUCCAGGGUUACUACAAAAUCUCCAGGCAUUACCGUUGGGCACUCAACCAGGUUUUCAACAGCUUUUCGUACUCAGCGGUUGUUGUGGUGGAGGAUGAUUUGGAGGUGGCCCCGGAUUUCUUUGAGUACUUCAGAGCACUUCAUCCAAUUUUAAAAUCGGACCCGACUCUGUGGUGCGUGUCUGCCUGGAAUGACAAUGGCAGGGAAGGAUUUGUGGACCCAGGAAAAGCGAGCCUGUUGUACAGGACAGAUUUUUUCCCAGGCUUGGGCUGGAUGCUCACAAAGGACCUCUGGGCAGAGAUUGAGCCAAAAUGGCCGGCCUCGUUUUGGGACGACUGGAUGCGGCACCCCGAUCAGCGCAGAGACAGGUCCUGCAUCAGACCAGAAAUCUCCAGAACUUUAACGUUCGGUCGCAAGGGUGUGAGUUUGGGGCAGUUCUACGACAAGUACCUCCGCUUCAUUAAGCUCAAUUCCGAAUUUGUGCCUUUUACAAAAAUGGACCUUUCUUAUUUAGAAAAGAAGAAAUAUGAUGAAAGCUUUGAGAAGGAGGUUUACGCUGCUCCAAUUGUCACCGUGGAGGACUUGAAAAGUGGGAAACUGUCUGGGUCUGGCCCGUUUCGGGUGCAGUAUUCUAGUCCAGACAGUUUUAAAACAUUGGCUCGCAGUCUGGGUGUAAUGGAUGACCUGAAGUCAGGAGUCCCUCGAGCAGGGUAUAGAGGUGUGGUUAGUUUUCUUUUACGUGGAAAGAGGGUCUGUUUAGCGCCACCUGCUGGUUGGAGUCAGUACGAUCCGAGCUGGAGUUGAGGUGGGCUGUGCCUACAUCACAGGAUUUUCUUUUUAACAUGCAAAGCACAUAAAAAUAAAAUUACAAAUUAUCUGUUGCCAUCAUUCCUUUAACAGAGAUUGUCUUAAAAUUUCAUUGUGCUGCUUUAUGAUGGAAAAAUUUCUAGUAGGGUUGAUCAGGAGGAUACCAAAGAUAAUAUUAAUUGAUCACUCAGACUUUUUGCCUCAGGUUUCAUUAUUUGUUUGUAUAAAGUUAACUAGGAUUUAUGUGAGAACUUUGACACAUUAGUCGCAUCAAUAAACUGAUUAAACCGAAGUCUUAUGCUGACCAGCUAUACACAUUUUUUUGACAAAAUAUAUUUGUUCAGAACUACAAAUGAGGGUAAAUAUGUAAAAAAAAAAAAAAAACACUUAUUUUUUUAAUACUGUGAAUAAUAAGUGCCUAUAAAUGUAGAAUUUAUUUGAUUCACCUCUGUGUAUUGUCUUUAUUAAAUUGUGUGUACGAUUCAUGGCAUAGUGAUUGGAAUAUGUUAGGAAAAAUCAUUUGACAUUUGAUUAUGUUUUGUGUUUUACUUAUAUACUGGGAUAUUUUGAAAAGGAAAUAAAUGUUUUGUUAAAUUUGA